AUGGUCGUUUUCGUCUUCGAUCGGUCAGCCCGUCGUGAUCGUCGACAGGCACCGCCCGCGCGCGCCGCCGCUGGGUGCUCGUGACCCACCUCUGUGCCCCGAUCUCCGUCUCGGCGUUGGCUUAUGUGGGCUAGGGGGAGACAACUCGGCCUUUUUCUGGGAAAGGGAUCGUUUAUCGCAACUAUUAAGCUGAUGUUCCACUCACUUUUGCAUGAUUUUCGUCUCCGCCUCUCCGGCUUUUAAUGGACGCUUUCGUUUCUUCGUCGUCGUCGUCGUCGUCGCACGCGUGACCCUUGGGUGUCGCUCAACUCUUGCUCACGCGAACGCCACCCGCUGGCCAAUGCGUAACGUCUCACGUGGACCUAUCCUCGCCCUCGGUUUUCUCGUCACACCUCAUAUCAUCUAAAAUUUCCUCCCAAAAGGCCCGAUUUGACCGCCAUCUCAUCGACGGACUCGUCCUCGUCGAUCGAGAUCGGUGAUGGGUACCAGUUCUGCCUCCACGGCAAGGAGCGCUGCGCCGAGUGCCAGGUCGAUUUCAGGGAGGACAAUUCGUUCACGGGUUAGUCACACGUUCGGGUCAGGUGAGGGAUGUGCCAGGACAUCAUAUCUGACGGCAAAACUGUGUCGAAUGUCGAUAUAGCGGGUCUGGACCCUAUCGAUCGAGAGGUACGUGUGGCGCUGCUGCGCGCGGAGGCAUUGGAUGAGUGCGGGGUGCUGAAGGUGCGCGGGUUGCUCGGCAUUUUUAGGCCAUCGAAAUCGACUAUCACCUUAACAAGGACGGUAUCCCUGCGUGCAAGAAACACAAGAUGGUCGAGUGCAAGAACUGCUACGGCUUCAAGUGAGUUCUAACAUCGCCCCCCUUGGCUUGGUAGUCUGCACGCUCGUGAUCACUGAUCAGAGAGCUUGCAGAGCGUUUGGCUGACGUUUCAACUUGACCUUGUUUCGGCUUUUCAGAAAGCAGAUCAACAAGCUCAACAAGGACGCGGCCAAGAUCGCGUCCAAGAAGAAGGGCAACGAGUCCAACUUUUUCUAG